UAUAUUAUAUUAUAUUAUAUUAGUGUGUAUAUAUAUUCUGCACGCAGCAGCAACAACAACAACAACGCCUCUCAUUCUCUCUCUCUCUCUCUCUGAUCAUGAGUUACUACAACAACCAGCAGCAACCGCCCGUCGGCGUUCCUCCGCCGCAAGGUUACCCGGCGCCGGAUACUUAUGGAAAGGACGCUUACCCGCCGCCAGGGUACCCUCCGCAACAAGGUUACCCUCCAGCAGGGUAUCCGCCACAGGGCUACCCUCCGCAGUACGCUCCUCCUCCUCCUCAGUACUCUCAGCCUCCGCCGCCUCAAAAGAAUUCAUCUGGCCCUGGUUGCAUGGAAGGAUGUUUGGCUGCUCUGUGCUGUUGCUGCCUCCUGGAUGCUUGCUUCUGAGAAGACAUUGCUUUGGACAAAUUGAAUUUGCAAGUGUAUUUUGAGAUUGGGAACAGAAUGAACAUUGUCCUUAAUUAGUUUGCCUUUGUUUUUCAUUGUUGCUCGUGAACUUUUAUGAAUAUAAACUAUUGCUUUCAAAGAUA